AAUCCCUGGUUUGAAGGAAAUGUUUUUGUGGCAAAUCUCCCUAUGGCCACAUCUGCUUCAACUCUUGGGAAGGAGCCAAUGUCAUCUUGCCCACCAAAUCCAACUAUUGUUGGAGCUUCUGGGACAAAACUAGUUGUUCUAAAUGUUGGUGUUGCUACAGUUCAGUCUAAUGAAAAUGAUCAAGUAGAGACUCAAGUUGUCAAGCUAAUCACAAAGGAUGAAGACAAGGCAAUUAAAGCAAAGGUGCAGUUGACAGAGGAAACACUAAAAUCGAUGCAAGGUGUCCAAACUAAUAAACCAGUUGACAUCUCAUCUUUAUGCUUUUUCCCAAACGUUCAACUGCCCCGUAAGUUUAAAUUGCCUGAAUUUGAUAAGUACAACAACAUCGAUUGUCCUUAUGCUCAGUUGACAAUGUACUGCAAGAAGAUGGCUCCUUAUGCCAAUGAUAAGAAGCUAAUGAUACAUUAUUUUCAAGACAGUCUGACAGGUCUUGUUGAUACUUGGUUCUCAACUUUAAACAAGAGUAAAGUUAAGAGUUGGCAUGAUUUAACUCAUAACUUUAUGAAGCAAUAUGAAUACAACACAUCAUUAGCUUCUAAUAGAGAGGAUCUUCAAAAAGCGGAAAAGAAAUCAAGUGAGAACUUUAAGGAAUUUGCUCAGGGAUGGCGUGGAUUGGCUGCUUGAGUUCAACCUUCAUUGACUGAUCAUGAAUUAAGUAAUUUAUUCAUCAAGUCAACCAAAGGGCCUUAUCGUGUGAAGUUAAUAACUUGUGUGAAUUACACUUUUGCCCAGUUGGUUGUUGUGGGAGAUCAAGUGGAGGAUGGAAUCAAGUCUAGAAUUAUCA